CGCAGCUGUCAGAGGUGUGUGCCCAGUGUCUCUGGUAGGUGAGAGCUUUCUCUUGAGUCUCUAUGUCUGAGCCACCAUGGCGUGUGCAGGGCCAGCUGGUGGGCGGCAGCGGGUGAACAUGCAGGAACACAUGGCCAUUGACGUGAGUCCCGGCCCCAUACAGCCCAUCCGCCUCAUUUCUGACUACUUCCCACACUUCUACCCCUUCCUGGAGCCGGUGCUGCGUGCACCAGGCUCGCAGGCUAUGCUGGCCCCGGCCAUCCACUCUGCAUCCCAGCUGCAACCCAACCCAGAGCCAGAAGGAGACUCGGAUGACAGCACUGCCCUGGGUACCCUGGAGUUCACACUUCUCUUUGAUGCGGACAACAGCACCCUGCACUGCACAGCCCAUCGUGCCAAGGGCCUCAAGCCACCAGCCUCGGGCUCUGUGGACACCUAUGUCAAAGCCAACUUGCUGCCGGGGGCCAUUAAGGCCAGCCAGCUUCGGACACGCACUGUUCGAGGCACCAGGGGACCUGUCUGGGAAGAGACACUCACCUAUCAUGGCUUUACUUACCAGGAUGCCGGACGGAAGACCCUGAGGUUAUGUGUGUGUGAAGACUCACGACUGCGGCGACGUGCAUCCCCCUUAGGGGAGCUACGAGUGCCCCUGAGGAAGCUAGUGCCAAACCAAGCCAGGAGCUUUGACAUUUGUCUGGAGAAGCGGAGGCUGACCAAGAGGCCCAAGAGUCUGGACACAGCCCGUGGGAUGUCUCUGUAUGAAGAGGAGGAGAUGGAGGCAGAAGUGUCUGGGGAAGAACGUGGACGCAUCCUCCUGUCCCUAUGCUACAGCUCCCAGCGUGGUGGCUUGCUGGUGGGCGUGCUGCGCUGUGCCCACCUGGCCCCCAUGGAUGCCAAUGGCUACUCGGACCCCUUUGUCCGCCUUUUUCUGCAUCCAGGUUCUGGGAAGAGAUCCAAAUACAAGACCAGUGUUCGAAGAAAGACCCUGAACCCUGAGUUCAAUGAGGAAUUCUUUUACGCAGGUCAUAGGGAGGAGUUGGCCCAGAAGACACUGCUGGUGUCGGUGUGGGACUACGACCUGGGCACAGCUGAUGACUUCAUUGGUGGGGUACAGCUGAGUAACAGAGCCAGUGGGGAACACCUUCGCCACUGGCGUGAGUGUCUGAGCCGCAGUGACCGCCGGCUGGAACUGUGGCACCUGCUGGACAGUGUGCCCCCACAACUUGGCGACUAGCCAGCACAGAACCCUGCUUGCAGCCUGUUCAGGGGCCAAGAUGUUGCUGCAGCUAGAAAGAGCUGUAGGUUGGCCCUACCUGCUGUGCCCAUUCCUGUCUCCUUUCAGUCAC